AUGUGGAACCUAUUAUUACUCCUAGCCACUUUCUUUUCUUCCACAAAUGCUGCUACAAAAGAUCAAUGGAGAUCCCGCACAAUAUAUCAGCUCUUAACUGACCGCUUUUCAAGAGGAAACGGAGACAACUCGCCUUGUCCAGAUCUGGGGAAUUACUGUGGAGGUACCUUCAAUGGAAUAACUCAAAACCUUGACUACAUCCAAAAUAUGGGCUUUGAUGCCAUCUGGAUUUCCCCAAUCCCAGUAAAUUAUCCUGGUGCUUACCACGGUUACGCAGCAAUAGAUUUAUACGGCGUUAAUCCGAAUUUUGGAACUGAGCAAGAUCUUCUUAACUUAGUUAAUGCAUGCCACUCAAGAGGAAUGUAUGUGAUGCUUGACGUCGUAGCCAACCAUGUUGGGCCAGUUACACCUAAUUAUACUCAAAUAAACCCUUUCAACAAUGAGAAAUAUUAUCAUCCUUACUGCGAGAUCAGCAAUUGGAACAACCAAACUAACGUCGAGUACUGCUGGCUAGGCACCUUGCCUGAUUUGGCACAAGAAAAUCCUUUUGUAAGGCAAACUUUGAAGAACUGGAUCCAUUGGAUCGUGAAUAAAUAUGGGUUUGACGGGCUAAGGGUUGACACUGCUAUUGAAGUACCGAUGGAUUUCUGGGCUGAAUUUUCUAUGAGCUCUGGAGUCUAUACAGUGGGAGAAACCUUCAAUGGAGAUCCUAAUUAUUGUGCAACUUAUCAAGGAUGUUUGGAUGGAAUUUUGAACUAUCCUCUGUUCUUCAUGAUGAGAAGUGUUUUCCAGCAAGGACAGCCGAUGUGGGACUGCAGAACUUUUAUGCAAAGCUGCAGCGUCUUUCCAGACCAAACCAUUUUGGGAUCCUUUGUGGACAAUCAUGAUAACCCAAGGUUCUUAAAUGGGACUAGCAACCUAAAUGCAUUCAAGAGCGCACUUGCCUGGAGUGUGACGACGUUGGGGAUUCCAAUCAUUUAUUAUGGAGAUGAACAAGGCUUCAGUGGAGGGCCAGAUCCUUAUUGUAGAGAAGUAAUUUGGCCUUAUUUAAACCAGACAACUUCAGAGAUGUACACUUUCGUGACGCAAAUUGUGAAUUAUAGAAAGCAGAUGCAGCUGUGGAAUUAUCCUUGGAUUGAGAGAUAUGCACAAUCAAACUUCUAUUGCUUCUCAAGGGGUUUAGCGACUAUGGCCUUUACCAAUUCUCCUAAUAAUGUUCAGUAUUCAGUGACUUAUAACCCGUAUACCAACGGUCAAGUUGUCUGCAACAUUUUCUGGCAAAAUGAUUGUGUUACCAUUACCAAUGGAGCAUUAAACGUAGUUCUUUUGAACGGAGAAGUAAAACUUUAUAUGCCUAAAUCCAUGAUGGUUUCGGAGUAA